AUGAGAAAUGGAAAGGGAUUGUAUGUGUUUAAAAAUGGUGCCAGGUAUGAAGGAGAAUGGCGUCAUGCUAUGAAAUAUGGAAUAGGUCAAAUGACGUAUCCUGAUGGUUCUCGCUACGAAGGAGAUUGGAGACACGACCUAAAACACGGAUUUGGGGCGUAUUACUAUCCCAAUGGGGAUAUCUAUGAAGGCGCUUGGUUUAAAGGCAAACGACAUGGACUCGGGACUUACUUUUAUGCAGAACACCAGAUAAAAUUCAUGGGAACUUGGGUAGAUGGCGCUAUUGAAGGGCCGGGGCAAAUAAUGUACCCCCGAGUACGAUACCACGGCUCUUGGUACAAAGGCAUACCCAAAGGACCUGGUUGCUUUGUCUUUGAUACAAACUGUAUGCAACACGGCUUCUAUUUGCUGACUAAAGACCCUGACUUUGAAGAAUUGGGUGAAGGUGAAGAAGAAAAGGAUGAUAAACACAAAGAUAAAUUAGAAGAGGGUGAAGAAGAAAUUGAGAUUGAUGAAACUUUAGGUAAAAUUGCAGUAUGGCACGCUCGUAACAUAACUGCUUACAUGGCGGAAUUUUUACCACCAGAGCCAGUUCCGUUACCAGUUCAUGAUUCAUUGCCAUCACUAGUUGAAGAGAGCGUUCUAACUGAUGUAUUGAGGUUUGAACCUCCAUCAAUGUCUGGGGAGGAAGGAGGUGAUGAUAAUGACUCAUGGCUCUUACACCGCCAGCAGUUCCUUGAAGAAGCUGAACAAAAGGAA